UCCAAUGCAGAUCCUAUCUGCGCACCUCUACUCCUUCCGAGUCUAACUUUAUAUUUUAUGACAGCUAAAAAUGUCUAGUUAAUGAUUGGCACAGAUGAGGCGAAGAAUCGGUCCAAAAUCUAUCCUGUGCGUUAGAAAGCCACCAUCAUUAUGACGCGUUUAUAGCUUGGUGAAAUCAAAAGUGAAAGCGUUGUGGUGCAUUCUUUCUUUCAUUUUUUCAGCUAAAAGUAUACGGAUCUUUUCCUCCUUGACGAUGAUUAAAAUAUUAUUUUUCGGAUGCUUUUUGACGUUCGUUAAUGCUGAUGGCUUCGCUGAUGUAGUUCUCUCCUGCUCUCUGGUGGAGGAGGGAACAGGACUGGGAGGAAUGGGAGGUGGCGCUCUCUUCUCCCGAACUCCUGCCACUCUGGUCCUUCGAGAUGUUCCUGUGGGGCCCGAGGAAUCACUUGACACGCUAACUCCAUUUGUUCCCCCCUCCAUCCCUGAUCCCGAUCUCCUCCUGUUUGAGAACAAAGUAUCCUCGCCUGAGAUCCCCAAUGCUGCCCUGUUGCUCCAUGCAGACUGUAACGAGCAGGAGGUGAUGUGUGAGAUAAGUCGUUACACUCCUCGAGGACUUCCGGAAAGUUCUGAUCCAGCAUAUUUCAUGGUUUCUCUGAGUGUGGAGGGACUCGACUUCAGCAUGUCACUCAUUCUUCAAACACUACCAGUUGAUAAAUAUGAGCAGACCUUGACGCAAAACAAGCUCAGUUUACCUCUCAGCCAAUCAGGAACUCUGCUAACUAAAGUGAUAUUCCUGGUAUUCUCCGACAUCAAUUCUGUUUCUGCUCCCCUGAGAGGAGAAGUUCUCCUCCACUGCGGGUUCAAGCAGGAGGAAGCAACAUUAGCACCAGAAGUUGGCCUUGAAUGGCGUCUACAGCACAGAGGGAUAGGCAGGAAAGUGCUUGAGAUGAAGUCAAGGCUAGAUGACACAGAAGGGGCCCCAGUGGUUCAUGGUGAGAGAAAAGGCUCUAUGGUGGAUACUGCUCAGGUCCUCAGUGAGGGGAAUGUCUCCAUGAGUCUGACGGAGCUGAAGGUUGUAGAUGAAGGAACCUACAUCUGUACAGUCAAUCUGGGUCCUUUUCAUGCCCAGCAGGUCAUCCAGCUCCGUAUCAAUCAACCACCACAGGUUUCUCUGUCGGAGGAGAAGUUAGUCUUAAAAAAAACUCCACAGACGUUGAGCUGUCACUGUGCUAAAUACUAUCCAUUAGAUGCAGAGAUGGAGUGGUUCUUUCUCCCUCCGACAGAAACAGAGCCAAAACUCUUCCCACAUCAGGGCUCUCUGAGCAGUCAUCGGCAGCAUGGGGACGGGACAUUUUCCCUGUCCUCUCACCUGUCAGUCCCCCCCAGUUUUUCACCAGGAACCAAGAUUACCUGCAAGGUUUCCCACCCAGCACUGGAUGAUCCACUAUAUAUCAGUAUAGUACUAGAAAGCCCCCAACCAGAUUCCUAUUGGUGGGUUCUUGGUUUCCUUGUCGUCACUGUUCUCUUCUUCUACCAGGUUAUGAAAUAAAACGACUCCCAGAUCACUUCGACUUGAAACUGAGCCUUGAAUAUAAUUUCUUUUGUAAAUGUAAACAUGUUCAGGUGUCAUUUAUUUUGGUUGCUGAAUUUGAAGCUUUUUAUUUCUGGGAUUUGUGGAACUUUUUUAUGCUGUAAUUUGCUGACAGUUUUAGCAAGAAAAGCACUUUCUUUUGCAGAUAAGCCACUGGAGGUUCUUCAUGUCUGUCAUAACUUUAUAUACUUUUAACUCUUCAGGUAACUUAUUUAAAGUAGGAAAGACUGAUCUCUAAGUCGCUAGAACUCAAUUUUCUAAUGGGAAGAAAUAAUAGGACCUUGCACAUCUCUCCUGGGGUUAACUUUAAAUGUCAUUGCAGUAUAAAUCCAACAAAAACAGCAGUCUAGAUUAACCCUUCUCUGAAAUAAAUUAUGUAAGGUAUUUUAUAGAAACUUGAAUGUAAAACAUGAAAAAUCCUGUAUGUUUUUUUUUUGUGUGUGUGUGUUUUAACUGUCUUUUGCCAUUGUUCUCUAUAGAUCAUACGUUUUGCAGAAAUCAACUUGUUU